AUGGCACCAACCGAAAUCCCCGCCCGCCACGGCCUCGCCAUCCCUCUCUCAAAGGGCCAAACAGUCAAAGUCAUCAACACCCACGGAACCCAAGUGGUCGACACCUGGGCCUUUACCAUCUCAUCUUUCCCUCCUUCCCCAUCCACAUCUUCAUCCAUAGUGACUCAGAUGUCUAACCAACACACGCGGGCCUGUCUCAAUCGCAGCAUUCCCCGUGUCCGCGAUGGCUUGUUCAAUAAUAAACGAGAGAAGAUGUUGACGCUUACGGAGGAUACGACUAUGGGACAUCAUGAUACGUUGAUUGCGGCGUGUGAUGAGGAGAGGUAUGUUGAGCUUGCGGGCGAGAAGGGACGGGGGCAUAGGAAUUGUAGUGGAAAUUUGGGGGAGGGGUUGGGUGGUCUUGGUGCGUUUUCCUUUCAUAUUUUCGACUGAUUUGCUCUUCCGUUCUCUUUUCUUUUGUUCUUUGAGCUUUUUGAGUGGUUUGGGCGAAGGGGUGAGAUAUAUGAAGUGAGGAGAAAGGAUGGGGAUGAAGGAGCUAAUGGAAAUAGGCAUUACACCCCCGCAAUUCACACCCUCCCCCUUGAAUUUGUUCAUGAAUAUUCCUAUCCGUGCGGAUGAUCACACGAGUCUUAGUUUUGAGGAGCCGACGAGUAGGAAGGGGGAGUAUGUUUGUUUGAGGGCCGAGAUGGAUUUGGUGGUUGCUUUUAGUGCUUGUCCUCAGGUAUGGUUUGUCCCUUCCAAAUGGAGUAAGAAGAUGAAAGGGAAGGGAUGAAUGGAAGUGAGGAAGGGAGAAGGGGAAGAGGAGUGAGAAAAUGCUGAUUGGAUUCCAUAGGAUAUUUUGGCUAUUAAUUGUGGGAAGCCUGUUGAGGCGCAUUUUGAGGUUUUUUAG